ACAUCCCACUAUGCUUUGCGAUGGUCUGACAAGUGGAUCCAAGAUGGCGUAGAAAGUAAAGCUAGAUCAACCAAAUGAGGACAUGAAUCUUGGUGAGCAGACGUCCACAUUACGACGACCCAUUAAACACCAUUUCUUUAGGACGUUUUGUCCCUGAGUCAUGGCGGACAGGAGAGCGGAGAAGUCAUGUGAAGAAGCCAGCAGAUCGUUAGUCAGGCGGGAGUACGAGGCGGCGGUCAGCCACAGCACGGACGCCCUGGUGGUCCUUGUACCCCAAGCCCCAUCCUCUAAUGCCCCUGUCCCGCCGAGCCCUCCAUCCCUUGUCGCCACCGGAACCCUCCGUAGCCGUGCCCUGCUCUAUCGGAUUGCUGCCUUCUUGCAGCUGAAAAACUAUGAUGAAGCAGAUGAAGACUGCAAACAUGUCCUGGUAGAAGAGAUUGCCAGGGGAGAUGGUUCGCUACAGGUCAGCUUGCGCUCCAUGCUGUUGGAUGGCAGCCUGCGGGAGGUGGCCAGCAUCCUCUCUAAAGCCUUGUAUGGAGAGCAUAUGAACGGCAUUGUUGCAAAGGACCUCUCCAGAUUAAAAAUGCUACUUUCAGAAAUAGAGGCUAUAAAUAGGGACAUGGCUCCAGAAUACACAGAUGACCAGGAGGAAGAGGUUCAAGAUGGCUGGCAGUUCCGGCCUCCUCCCCGAGGAGUCACCAGCAGUGAGGAGUACACCCUCUGUAAAAGGUACUUGGAGCAGGGCCUGUGUCGGUAUGGGGCCCAGUGUACGUCAGCCCACUCGCAGGAGGAGCUGAUGGAGUGGCAGAAACGCUAUGCGUCACGCCUCAUCCGCCUCAAACAGCAGCAGGAGAGCAAACACUUCACCGAAAACUACAUGGAGACCCUGAUAGAGAAGUGGAUGAACUCCCUCUCCCCAGAGAAAGUGCUAAGUGACUUUUUAGAGGGAGUGAAUGUAGAAACCAGCUCCAGCCUCUCUCUUACUGUCACCACCAAAAAAUCCUCCCACUCCUGGACCUUCUCCUUGUUCUGCAAGCCUGCGAGAAAGCUGCACCGCAUCGCCCUGCUGUAUGAUGCCCACCGACCACAUUUCUUCAUCACAGGCGUGUCAGCUGGGGAGCGGCUCCAAGCUGCCCCCAAUGCCUGCCAAGAGUGGACUCCAGGAGAGCAAACAGCAUUGGCAGCAGACAAUGGCCUGGACAACUGUCUCUACAAGGUAGCAGUGAGCUUCAGCACAGAGAUCUUCGGUACCUUCCGACAGACUGUUGUGUUCGACUUCGGCUCAGAACCUGUGCUGAUGCAGAGGAUCAUGGUGGAUGCUGCCUCUAUUGAAGACCUUGAACAUUUGAUGGCAGCCAGGCAACAGCUUCUGAUAACUGCAAAGCGCUGGGACUCUUCUUGUAAGACCAUCGUCGAAUUCACUCCCAAUGAGACAAUGGCUGACCUCGAGCGCAGCCUCCUCUCUCGCUAUCAGAUCCCUCUGUCGGCCGACCAGCUCUUCACCCAGUCAGUCCUGGACAAGACUCUGACCAAAGACAACUACCAGGCCCGGCUGCAUGACCUGCUCUACAUAGAGGAGAUUGCGCAGUAUAAGGAAGUUAGCAAGUUUAACAUCAAAGUGAACCUCCAGCUGGUUAACAGCUUUAUGCUGACCGGCAUUUCCGUUGGAGCCAAGUAUGCCCAGAACGGACAGCUCUUUGCACGCUUCAAACUCACUGAAACACUUUCCGAGGACACACUGGCUGGUCGGCUAGUGAUGACCAAGGUACAUUCAGUCCUUGUGCUGCCCUUGGCCCGUGAGGGGUUCAGCAGUCAUCCGCCUCCUGGGGUCAAAGAGCGUGUUUACGAGGCGGUGAUCGAGGAGAAGACCAAGGAAUACAUCUUCCUAAGGAUCUGCAAAGACUGCUGUGUUGAGCUGGGGCUACUGCCAGACAGAGAAUUACAGGUGGAGCUCCAGUUUCAGCUGAACAGACUGCCACUCUGUGAGAUGCACUAUGCCCUGGAUCGCAUCAAAGAUAACACCAUUCUUUUCCCUGACAUUGGCCUUGUCCCCACUAUCCCCUGGAGCCCAAACAGGCAGUGGGACGAGCAGCUGGACCCCCGUCUGAAUGCCAAACAGAAAGAGGCCAUACUGGCCAUCACCACACCCGUUACUGUCCCCCUACCCCCGAUCCUCAUCAUUGGGCCCUACGGCACCGGCAAGACGUUCACCCUGGCACAGGCUGUCAAACACAUCCUCCGCCAGGACCACAGCAGGGUCUUGAUCUGCACCCACUCCAACAGUGCAGCCGACCUUUACAUCAAGGACUAUCUUCAUCCUUACGUUGAAGCAGGCAAUCCGCAUGCCAGACCUCUCAGGGUAUACUUCAGGAACCGCUGGGUGAAGACGGUCAACCCAGUGGUCCAGCAGUACUGUCUCAUCUCCAACACACACAUCACUUUCCAAAUGCCCACAAGGGAGGACAUCCUCAGGCACCGUGUGGUGGUGGUCACCCUCAGCACCUCCCAGUACCUCUGCCAGCUUGACUUGGAUCCUGGGUUUUUCAGUCAUAUCCUGCUGGAUGAAGCGGCCCAGGCCAUGGAGUGUGAAACCAUCAUGCCUUUUGCUCUAGCAAGCAAGAACACCCGCAUUGUGCUGGCUGGGGACCAUAUGCAGCUCAGCCCAUUUGUGUACAGCGAGUUUGCACGGGAGCGGAACCUGCACGUGUCGCUGCUGGAUCGACUGUAUGAGCACUACCCCAGGGAAUUCCCCUGUCGCAUCCUCCUGUGCGAGAACUACCGCUCCCAUGAAGCUAUCAUCAACUACACAUCAGAGUUGUUUUAUGAUGGGAAGUUAAUGGCAAGUGGAAAGCAGCCCUCCCAUAAGGACUUCUAUCCUCUGACCUUCUUCACAGCCAGAGGAGAAGAUGUCCAGGAGAAGAACAGCACUGCCUACUACAACAACGCUGAGGUUUUUGAGAUUGUGGAGCGAGUGGAGGAGCUGCGCAAGAAGUGGCCGGUGGCCUGGGGGAAGUUGGACGAUGGCAGCAUUGGGGUGGUGUCGCCAUAUGCUGACCAGGUGUUCCGCAUUCGCGCUGAGCUCCGAAAGAAGAGAAUGCAUGAGGUCAGCGUGGAAAGAGUGCUCAAUGUCCAAGGUAAACAGUUCCGGGUGCUGUUCCUUAGCACGGUGCGGACGCGGUAUACCUGCAAGCACAAACAGACGGCCAUCAAGCGAAAAGAACAGUUGGUUGAGGACUCAACCGAGGACCUUGACUAUGGCUUUCUCUCCAACUACAAGCUACUCAACACGGCCAUUACCAGAGCCCAGUCCCUGGUUGCGGUCGUGGGAGACCCCAUAGCAUUGUGCUCCGUUGGACGCUGCAGAAAAUUCUGGGAGCACUUUAUCUCCAUCUGCCACGAAAACUCAAGCCUACAUGGCAUUACCUUUGAGCAGAUUAAGGCUCAGCUCGAGGCCCUGGAGCUCAAGAAGACCUAUGUCCUCAACCCACUGGCCCCAGAGUUCAUCCCACGCGCUCUCCGACCGAUGCAAGGGCACCACUCUUCUUCGCAGGCCUUACAUCCCCACCAUCACCCGCAUCCUCAGCAUGCACAGCCCGCCUCCAACAAGCAGGGUCCACAGCAGCAGCAGCAGCAGCAGCAGCAGCAACAGCAACAGCAGCAGCAGCAGCAGCAGUCUCCCCCAAAGGGGAAACAUGCGAACCACACAGAGCACCUGCCGCCUGAAGGAUUUGUCCAACCCAACCCAGCCGUGCUGAUGGGAAACCCAAUUCGGGCUUUCACACCACCUUUGGGUGGUGCACCAGCCGCCAUGGGCAAGUCACCCAGUCCUGUGCAGAGGAUAGAUCCCCAUACAGGAGCCAGUAUCCUCUACGUUCCAGCCGUGUACGGUGGAAACAUGGUCAUGCCCAUGCCCCUGCCUUUGCCUUGGCCGGGUUACCAGAAUCGCUUUGCUGUGGACCCUCGCAUCAUGAGCCACCCUGCAGCCAUGGCCUACAACUUCAACCUGUUGCAGGCCCAGAAUCGAGGCUCCCCCAUCCCUUACAGUGGGGUGGCCCACCCCUCUCCUCUUGGCAUGGGCCAGCCCAGCCCUGACAAAGAGCUACAGGCGGAUCCCAUAAGAAAUGGUAAACUAGAAGCAUGUACAAAGUCUGAACAGAGCCGUCUUCUUACACCAGAGAGGAAAACCAAUGACAUGAAGGACAAACAGGGAGAUUUAGACACAGGCCAAAGUCGAAGUCUAGACUCCCAGACAGACGGGCUAGUUGGAUUUCCCAAUGCACUACUCCAUCGAAAAGACCCCUCAGCUGCCCAGAGAUCUCUAAACUAUCACCUGGCACCACCCAACCCAGCAUUUCCUCCACACCCUGCCAGCGGGAGACCCUUCCCCCCACAGUAUCCAGUCUCCAGGCAUCCCUUUCGGGUCAGCCAUCCUCAGCACCCAGGGAUGGCCCAGCAGAGUCAACAGCAGCAGCAACAACUCAGUCCUGCCUACGCUGGUGGUAGCCACAAUGCUUCCUUCUUCAGUGGCCCGAUACCACCUCACAGGGCUGUCCAGUCUCCUACUUUGGAUGGUCCAGAGUCUGCAGUGGUGGAGGAGAUGGGUAGCUCCAUUCGGACUCCAAUGGGCCACCCAGGAUGCCACCACCCAGGCCUGUCACAGCAUAACAGGGUCAAUAGCUUUGGGGAGGACGGCCACGAAGGAAGCUUGGGUGAUGGACUGGACCUCCAGGGUCCCUUGGCUCUCGAGGCCCUGAGCCAGCAGCAGCACCAGCAGGCAGCCAGGCUGGGCCAAUGGGGGGAGGCAGCGGGUCCUUUCCUCCAGGGCAGUGUCGCCUUUCCUUUGCCCCAACAGCUUGCCCACCUUGCUCAGCCCGGUAUGGCUCGCAUACCCCAUCAACUGCUCCGGGCAGCUAGUUGGGGCCUUAGUGCCAAUAUGGAAGAUGAAGCUGUUUCUACUGCCCCCACUGGACCACCUUACACCAGGUACCCGGGCCUCUUGAGAGAGAUGCCCCCACAGGAACAGCCUGAACCCAGGGAAGCAGCUGAGAUGCAGCCUCCGCCUCAUUCUCGUCUCCUCCAGUAUCGGCAGUCCCAGUCCCGUGCCUCAGGUGACCCCACAUCCUCCUUAGCCGCCACCUCCAAUCACGCCGGCCCUUUCCCAUCUGGACCUUACCCCCAUGACACUGGUCGUGACCUCCUUAACGAAAACCUUCUCAACAACCCAGCUCUGCAGCAGCAGCACCCCGGGAACCCCCUCUACAAUACUGGUAGCUACUCACAUCACCCCCCACCUCACUCUGCCAGCCCCCCUCCCUCCCAAGUCAAAUACCUUCUGCAAGAGGCCCAGUGGUCCCAUGGAGGAGCUGCAUCGGUGAGCCCUCCCCAGCAGAACCACCUGUUAGGGAACCAGGGGCAUGGCCUUCCUUAUGGACUUCCCAUCAUGGCUCACCCCAGCAGACAGGAGCAAGUGCACCUGAUGCAACUUCACCAUCAGCACCAGCAGCAGCAGCAGCAGCAGCAGCAGCAGCAGCAACAACAACAACAACAACAACAACAGCAGCAGCAACAGCACCACCACCAACAACAACAACAACAACAACAACAACAGCAGCAACAGCAGCAACAGCAGCAACAACAAAGUCAAGGUCCAGACCAGGAGUCCUUUCACCCACUGUCCCCCAGAACAUCAGCAGCCACAGCCCUUCACAAUGUAGAUGAGUCAUUACAGUAUGAACCCAGGGGUCCGGGUCGGCCUCUCUAUCAGCGCCGCAUCUCCUCCAGCUACCCAGAUGAACCGUCUCCAGCCAACACCCACAAUGCCCUGUCUCAGCAACCCCAGUCUUGUUCGUCAGACCCCCAGGACCACCCCAAUCUGCACAUACAGCAUCAUCAACACCCCCAUGCCCACUAUGUUUAUCCCUCACAUGACACCUGGCCCAGUAAUGGUGCGGGUCCCGGUCCGUUCCAGAACAUUCCAUGUAACGGAGCCGCCACACUCGCUCAGCAUCGAGAAAUUCUUGCUUCCAAGGCCCUUCGUCAGACGGAGGAGCAGGUGAAGGCUGGGGCCACAGCAGGACAGCAAACACACCCACAGUCCCUCAACUCCCUUCAGCACCUCGGACAGUUUCCUCCUCUCAUGCCCAAUAACAAGCAGCAGCAGCAGCAGCAGCAGCCGCCGCCGCCGCCGCCACCGCCGCCACCGCCACAACAGCAACAGCCACAGGCUCCCACAGAGCCCAGCCAGGUCGCCCCAAAUUUGAAUAAACCCCCCACCAUGUCCUAUGCGAGCGCCCUGCGCGCUCCGCCCAAGCCCCGAGCUGUUCGCCCCGAACAGGUCAAAAAGAACAGCGACCCCCUCUCCCUCCUUCAAGAGCUGAGUAUAGGAAGUUCAAAUGGUAGCAAUGGGUUCUAUUCCUACUUUAAAUGAGUGUCACCUCUCCCACAUAGUAAGUGACUAGAAAAAAGAAAAGAAAAAAAAAAAGGCAAAACUUUCUAUAAAAAAAUAAUCAAAAACAAAAGUGCAAAGUGCAUUUACAAAUUGUUUCUAUCUGUAGGUUUGUUUUAUGCAUUUUGUUUCAGUUAAACUUUUUAUUUGUAAGUCAUCUUUUCUCCUUUUUCACAUAUCUGUGAAGAAAAUAAGUAUAUAUAAAGAAUGCAUUACUGGUAUAUAUACAUACUCAUUAUGUAUAUAUGAAUAUAUACUUAUAAUAUCUACACUUGUAUAUGUACGUAAUGCUAAAAAAAGUUCUAAAAAAUUAAUCAAAAAAAAGGCGAGACUUGGUUGACCACUUAGCUACAAGCAUAUUUUCCCUUUUUUGGCUACUACAUGAGUAUGUUGAAGUUUUAACAUUUUGUAUUCCUCGGUUUUGAUUGGACGUUGCGUCUUGAUUUUCUCCGACUACUGUAGUUGUGGUAAUGGACAAAAGCUAAGUGGUCAACUGAGACAGAAACUACAGGAACAGUGUAUAGAAGUAGAUAAUUUUCCUCUAAUCUGUACAUAUAAAGAAACUUAAAAGACUGAAUUGUAUGCCACAGACAUGUCCUUAAAUUCCUGUAUCAUGCUAGCAUUUGCAUUAUGAAUUGUUUUACGUUUGUUGGCUCCUGAUCCUUAAUUCUUAGAUAUCUUUACCCGAGAAUCAUCUUCAGUGAUUUAGUUAUUAAUGUGAUGAUUUCCUGAAACAUAAUGAUACAAGUAUUGAUAGCAUUUAUUUUACUUUUCACUAAUGCCUCACCCGCAACUAUAGACACAUUGGGAAAUGUCAAAAUAACAACGACCACGUCGUUCCUCCUCCGCUUUGCUUUAAGGAUCAGAGAACACCAGACAUCUCUUUGUGUGAUAAGAUUAUCCCAAACUGCUUUGUUCGUGGCAGACACUCAAGUCAUUUUAUUGAAUUUCUGUCUCUCUUUUUUUUGUUUGUUUCAUUUGAUUUCUUCUUUGAGACAGUCAUUACAUUGUGGCAGUUACUUCUCAGCCCGUGUCAAAUGGGAUGUCAACAAAAUCUUCACCAGGGAAAUCAUUUCCGUAACUGCUGGGGAUAUAAAAUGUGGUUGUUUUGUUUUAUUUCUUUUAGUUUUUUGUUCACUAAAGGACAUUGAGGUUUUUUUUUUUUUUUGAAAAGGUUGCAGUACUCUGUGGGUUUGUGAAAGUGAAGAGAGGGUGGUGAUGUCAGAGUGACAUGUCAUGAUAGGUAAGUUGAAACUGAGGGUGUGAUCAACACUGCCAGUCAAACAUUUCUGAACACAAUGGAUUUUAGCAUAAAGUAUAUAAUCUGUAGAAUAUAUAUAUAUAUUUACCCAGAAUUUUGAAAAUACAUAAAGGAUAUUGUGGGUGUGAAAUUUUUCUGUCUUUUGUAUUUUAUUGGAAAUGGUCUGGCUCAUAAAUUUUUUCAUAUUUUCAGACAGUUGAUUAUUCAGUUCUUAAAGUUUUCUUUCAAGAUACCUUUUCCGGGUGCAGGAUGGAUGUGAGAAACCUAAUUUCCCAUUUUCUCUGUAUGACAAUCUUUUGAUCCCUGAAUAAUAUGAACCUCACGGUGAACAAUAACCUCCCAUCUCUUUCCUGAGCUGAUGUUUGCUUCUAGUAUCACCAGGCACCUAGAUCAUUUCCCAUAAAAUUCAAAAGCAUGUCCCAUUUCUUCUCAUAUUUUCAAACUGCAGGGCAUGAUAAGCAAAUGGUUCUCCCACUCCUUUCAACACACUGCUCGAGACGUAACCCCCCCCCCCCCCAAAAAAAAAAAAGCUUGUUAAAGUUACCUUACAAUACGCUGUUCAAAAAGGUCUGACUCGUAGUGUUUCUUUUUUCCUUUUUUUUGCCUGUGUUUAAUAAGAAUGAAUUGAUAAUGUUGUAGAAGUUGUUCCUGGUCAUUCAAAUAAUUAAAUCUUCCAUUUUUAGGCUGACAUUGGAUCACACUCCAUUUAAUUCAAUUGGAAAUGCCUUUUAUCUGCUCCAGCCACAUCAUUUUUUUUUUUACAACCCAAAAUGCAAAAUGAACAUAACACAGGAACAUUAGUUUUUGAUAUCCAGUCAGAGAGCUGCUUGUUGUUGGCUGACGCACAACAGCGCUACACAGCUCAAUGCACAUGGAUUUCACUGCUGAAAUCCUAACGGCCCGACGAUUUGAAUCCCAUGCAGGUAAAAUAUAAAAAGAUGCUGAUACAAUAUGUCUGCCAAUGUUUUUGCUUUAUGAUUAAAUCAAUACUGGAAACAGUCAUCCAGUGCUUUGGUCCUGUUACAUGUAAAUCAUAAACUGUGAAACCACCACUGCCCUGUGUGCUAAUUGGUCUGAUUCAUCCCGCUGUGUCGUGGCUUUUAUACGGCAGUUAUGUCUCAAUUGAAUAUCAAAAAAAAUACACUUAAAGCUUACACCCUACAGCUAACCACUUAGGUGUGUACUGAUAAGACAGCAGAGAGCUUCGUACAAGCUAUGGUUUUAAUUUUUAACAUUGUAAUUCCAAAAGGUCCAGAUUUUCUGACUUGGAGAACACAUACUUGUAAAUAUGCAUUUUCUAGGUAUUUACAAAUGAGAACUUUGGGAGAGCCUCAAUUUUGUAGAAGUUGUUCAAAGAAGAGGUAUGCCCUUUUUAAUUAUGCAAAUUCACAAAAAAAGAUUAAUUCUAGAAAUAGAAGACAACAACCCAGUUGGUAGUUGCAACAUGUAACUUAAAUUUCCUUUUUUUUUAGAUGGCGUCUUGACUGAUUUGACAAAGAGGAGAAUUUAUGUUUCAAAAGAUGAUUAUUUCACUGUACAAUACAUGUCUUUUAAUAUACGUUGCUGGAUUUGUCCUGUUCCUUUUUUUCUGACCACUUUACAGCCGUACAACAAUCAACAUGGGUUUUUAUUUUUCUUUCAAUGUGAAGACUGUUUUUCCUUUUGUGCAUGUUGAGAUGACCUGGCUGGGUUUUAUCCCUGUUUUUAUUGGUUUGUAUUGAUUUGUGGAUAUAAAAAAAAAAAUAUGAAAAAAAGAAGCCUUUGUUCAACCUACAGAGUCAGAUUUUGGUAUAUUAUUUGAUGUGUACAAUAACUUGUGACAUUAUCAGCAAAGCUAUUAUAAUAUUUUACUAACAUGUCAAUCAAAUAUGUACUGGUCAUGUAAGUUGUUUUUUUUUCUUUUUCUUUUGAAGUUACUUAGCAGGGCUAAAGGUUGAGGUUGCUCCCUGGUCUGUUGAAUUCACGAAUCUGUGGACACGGUUGGUCGGGGAAUCAGUUUUCCACAAAGCAGUUAGUCCUUGGCUAAUCUCUGAAGUUGUGCAAUACUAAUUUCACCGCUUCGUCAGCUACACUUUUAUUUAUUUUUGAAGCAGAGAAGAGAUUGCGCCAAAGACAUUUUAAAGGGAUUUUGUUCAAAAUGUUUUGCUUUUAGCAGAGUUGUUUUUUCAAGGCGUCAUUUUUGUCCUAUGAAACACCUUUAUAUUUCAAAUGAUGAGUGUUUGGAAGGCAAUGAAGGGUAUUGACUCUUUGAAAUGCUUUCACCUCCCAAUAUUGCAGCAUCUGUGACUAUUUGAAGUGGAUGUAUUCUCGAAACAUCCCGUGUUGCCAUUUGAAGAAAACAAAAUGAAACCAACUUGUGUGUGUGGCACCGUGGAUAGGGAGCAACCUUUUGCCCAGCCAGUAGAGAGCACUGUGUUCAGCCUUCUAUACACGCCACAUCUGUUAUCUGUUUGCUCUCCUCGGUUCUGCCCUCGCUGCAGUGAAUCAAUGGCACACCUGUUCUCCCAGCCUCCCAGUCCCAUUGGUUCCUCCCUCGUGGGUACAAAAUAAUGAAUAGAAAUGUUUUACUCUUCUUCAUUUCAAAUUGGUGGUGGUUAUAAUAAAGGAUUUAGACUGUGUUUAAAAGGUUUAUUUUCUUUUUUAUUUGUUUCUCUAUUAAAGUGUUUUUAUUGAAACUA